AGCAGGAGACUCUUUCUCUCUCUCUCUCUCUCUCUCUCUCUCUCUCCCCCCAGUAGUCAUCAGUUAUCACUCACCACCACUAUUUCCAUUGCUGGAAACAAAAAGGAACCUCCCACCCUGAAAACCAGUAAAAUUUUUUGCAUCUUUAAAAUCCUCAACCAUAGAUAUAAAACAUACUAUACUCUUCUGCAAAAAAAGAAAAAAUCUAUAAAUACCCAAUACCUCUUUUGAAAACAGUUGGACUGUACAAAGGAGAGAGAGAGCUUGGAGAGAAGAAAGCCCAAAUGCAUAAUAGUAAUAAUAAUAGUACUACAUAAUUCUUUUAGCUUGUACCUUUGCAUCAUAUUUUUUUUGGUUUGUGAGUGAGAACAAAGAUCUGGGCUUCUCUUUGUUAGAAAAGAAACUUAUUGGUGAGAGAGGCUGGAAAAAAUCGUUAUCUUUCAAGCUGAGAUCUGUUGGGUAUUUUUGCUUGCUGGGGUUAGUGGUUACAAGCUUCGAGGAACUCAAAGAAAAAGCUGGUAUUUUGUACACCCUUUAAGGAUCAAAAGGCUUUGUCUUUGGGAGGUGAAAUGUGGGGCUAAAGUGUUGGAACAUUAAAAAAGAAAAGACUAUGUUGUUGUUUUAGCAUGAAAGUUUUGAUUCAAGAGAAGAGCACUUGGGGUUUUUGGGUGGAGAAGAAGAAGAUAGGAGGCGGAUGAGGCUUAAAGCGAUUGUCUUUUGUAGUAAAACCGGUUUCGGUUGAGAAAAAAACGAAAAAGAUAAGAAGUCUUGUGGCUUUGUGUUUUUGUAUUGUUUUUAAAGUCUCUUCUUUGAUGGGUAAAUUGUCAGCUUUUUGCUUAAUUGGAGCUGGUUCUUGUUAAGGCAUGGUGUUUUUGCGGAAACAAAGGAGUAGAAAGAAAAUUUUUUGAGUGUGGGUGUUCUUAUCUGAAGGAUUUUGGUCCUUAGUUGGUGUGGUUAGAAGGAGGGGUCUUUGGGGUAGGGGAUCUCUUUUCUUGAGGGUAUAACUUGGGAUUUAAGGUUGUUGUUAUAUUUGUUUUGAGAAAAAAAAUGAGGCUUGCUUCAGCUGGUUUCAAUCCACAAACCCAGGAAGAUUUUGCAGGAGAGAAGAGAGUUCUGAACUCUGAACUUUGGCAUGCAUGUGCGGGUCCUCUUGUUUCUCUACCUCCGGUCGGAAGUAGGGUUGUUUAUUUCCCACAAGGUCAUAGCGAACAGGUUGCUGCAUCAACCAACAAAGAAGUGGAUGCCCACAUACCUAACUACCCAAGCUUACCUCCACAACUUAUUUGUCAGCUCCAUAAUGUUACCAUGCAUGCUGAUGUUGAGACAGAUGAGGUAUAUGCACAGAUGACCUUGCAGCCAUUAAGUCUGCAAGAACAAAAAGAGGCUUACCUACCAGCAGAAUUGGGCACUCCCAGCAAACAGCCAACAAAUUAUUUUUGUAAAACAUUAACAGCCAGUGACACAAGCACUCAUGGAGGGUUCUCUGUUCCUCGCCGAGCAGCCGAAAAAGUGUUUCCUCCACUGGACUUCUCCCAGCAGCCUCCAGCUCAGGAGUUGAUCGCAAGGGACUUGCAUGAUAAUGAAUGGAAAUUUAGGCAUAUAUUUCGGGGCCAGCCUAAAAGGCACCUCUUGACAACUGGAUGGAGUGUAUUUGUAAGUGCUAAAAGACUAGUUGCGGGUGAUUCAGUGCUUUUUAUCUGGAAUGAAAAAAAUCAAUUACUUCUUGGUAUCCGACGAGCUAAUCGACCUCAAACUGUAAUGCCUUCGUCAGUUUUAUCUAGCGAUAGCAUGCAUCUAGGGCUUCUUGCUGCCGCUGCUCAUGCAGCUGCAACAAAUAGUCGUUUCACUAUAUUUUAUAACCCAAGGGCUAGCCCAUCGGAAUUUGUCAUACCUUUGGCAAAAUAUAUCAAAGCUGUCUAUCAUACGCGAGUCUCUGUUGGUAUGCGCUUUAGAAUGCUGUUUGAAACAGAAGAAUCGAGUGUUCGUCGAUACAUGGGCACGAUAACUGGCAUAAGUGACUUAGAUCCUGCUCGGUGGCCAAAUUCACAUUGGCGAUCAGUGAAGGUUGGCUGGGACGAAUCAACAGCUGGAGAAAGACAGCCUAGAGUUUCCUUGUGGGAGAUUGAACCAUUGACAUCAUUCCCAAUGUAUCCAUCUCCAUUUCCUUUAAGGCUUAAGCGACCAUGGCCACCAGGAUUACCUUCUUUCCAUGGCAUCAAGGAUGAUGAUCUAGGCAUGAAUUCUCCACUUAUGUGGCUACGAGGAGAUGCAGAUCGAGGAAUGCAGUCUCUGAACCUUCAGGGGAUUGGAGUUACACCAUGGAUGCAGCCGAGGCUGGAUGCUUCCAUGGUGGGUCUGCCGGCUGACAUGUACCAAGCUAUGGCUGCUGCUGCACUGCAAGAUUUGAGAGUUGUGGAUCCUUCCAAACCAGCAACUGCUUCCCUUCUGCAAUUUCAGCAAACCCAAAAUCUCCCCCGCAGGCCUGCUGCCCUAAUGCAGCCCCAGAUGUUGCAGCAGUCUCAACCUCAGGCCUUUCUUCAGGGUGUUGAAGACAACCAGCACCAGUCUCAGUCUCAGGCCCAAACUCCGCCACAUCUGCUUCAGCAACAAUUGCAGCACCAGAACUCGUUCAAUAGCCAACAGCAGCCACAGCAUCCACUGUCACAGCAACACCAGCAACUGGUCGAUCAUCAGCAGAUUCACUGUGCAGUGUCUGCAAUGUCACAGUAUGCUUCAGCCUCUCAAUCCCAAUCGUCAUCUUUGCAAGCCAUGCCAUCACUAUGCCAACAACAGAGUUUUUCUGAUUCAAAUGGGAACACAGUGACCAGCCCUAUAGUCUCUCCUUUGCAUAGUCUUCUGGGUUCUUUCCCCCAAGAUGAAUCAUCCAAUCUGCUCAACUUGCCUAGAUCCAACCCUGUAAUUACUUCUGCUGCAUGGCCAUCUAAGCGGGCUGCUGUUGAAGUUCUUUCAUCUGGAUCUCCACAGUGUGUUUUGCCCCAGGUAGAACAAUUGGGGCAAACCCAGACAAAUAUGCCUCAAAAUUCUAUUUCUUUGCCACCCUUUCCUGGCAGGGAGUGCUCGAUAGACCAAGAAGGGGGUACCGAUCCACAGAGCCAUCUCUUAUUUGGUGUUAAUAUAGAGCCUUCGUCUCUUCUAAUCCAAAAUGGCAUGUCAAGCCUGAGGGGAGUUGGUAGCGAUAGUGACUCCACUACCAUACCUUUCUCUUCUAAUUAUAUGAGUGCUGCAGGCACAGAUUUUUCAGUUAAUCCAGCAAUGACACCUUCCAGUUGCAUUGAUGAAUCGGGUUUCUUGCAGUCUCCAGAAAAUGUGGGCCAAGGAAACCCACAAACUCGAACCUUUGUUAAGGUUUAUAAAUCAGGGUCCUUUGGGAGGUCACUGGAUAUCUCCAAAUUCAGCAGCUACAAUGAGCUGCGCAGUGAACUUGCACAAAUGUUUGGCCUUGAAGGCCAGUUGGAGGACCCUCUGAGAUCAGGCUGGCAGCUUGUAUUUGUUGACCGGGAGAACGAUGUUCUUCUCCUCGGUGAUGACCCUUGGCCGGAGUUUGUGAACAGUGUGUGGUGUAUCAAGAUACUUUCACCACAGGAAGUGCAGCAAAUGGGCAAACGAGGCCUGGAGCUUCUAAACUCUGUCCCAGUUCAGAGGCUCUCUAAUGGCAGUUGUGAUGACUAUGUGAGCCGGCAGGACUCGAGAAAUUUGAGCUCCGGUAUUGCUUCUGUGGGGUCCUUGGACUACUGAACAGUUUGACCGGUUAAGAUACUAUCUCUCCUGUAAUAUUAGCGACUCUUGCAACCCUUUUAAUUUUUAUAGUAGGUGGAAAGAGCUGCCUAACUCUAGCUUGAAGUUUAUAUAUAUAAUAUAUAUAAGCUAAUACUGUAAUUAUAAGAGAUCUUUGUUGCAUACGUUAUUGAAAUAUGUACAAUCCAUAUUUAUUAGGAUAUCAAAUAUUUGUGAAGCAAGCUUAGCUUUUCCCCUCA